AUGAGCUACAACAACGACAUUACGUCCCCCAGCGAGAUGGUCAUGGACACAGACGACUAUGUCGGCAUUCCGAACGAAUCCGAAAAGGAGCCUGUCGCCAUCAUCAACCCAGACAACGACAAUGACAUCGACAACUUGCAAGAUCUGCCUCUGGCGACCGACCACGAGGCCAUGAAGGAGCUGAUCCUGCCACCAUUAGCUGAAGAGCCCCGCAUCUUAGAAGAUGUCGUGAACACAUGGUCGAUCCCCUCCUGGAGGGGGUUGCCAAAGCGCGAGCAUGGUCCCAUCUUCCAUGCCGGCGGCUACCCUUGGCGGAUCCUUCUCUUUCCCUUUGGCAAUAAUGUCGACCAGUGCUCCAUCUACCUCGAACAUGGCUUCGAACCGAAUGAAGUUCCAGACAACUGGAGCUGCUGCGUGCAGUUUGCGCUAGUCCUGUCGAACCCAAACGAUCCCAGCCUCUAUACGCACCACGUUGCUCAUCAUCGCUUCACUAAAGAAGAGGCUGACUGGGGAUUCACGAGGUUUUACGAGCUGCGCAAAAUGUUUAAUGUACCGUACGAGAACGGAAGCCGACCACUAUGCGAGAACGACACUGCCAACAUCACCGCAUAUCUUCGUGUCGUCGAGGACGAGACGGGCGUGCUGUGGCAUACCUUUCUCAACUACGAUUCAAAGAAGGAAACGGGCUAUGUUGGCUUGAAGAACCAGGGAGCCACCUGUUAUCUCAACUCGCUUCUCCAGUCCCUCUACUUCACAAACGCUUUCCGCACCGCCAUCUACGGAAUUCCUACACAGCAGGAAGAUAGCUUGAGCAACAGUGCUUACACAAUUCAGCGUCUGUUCUAUCAGCUCCAGACGUCAGAAACGGCAGUAGGCACGAAUGAGCUUACCAAGUCUUUUGGGUGGGAAACGAGACACAUCUUUGAACAGCAGGAUGUUCAAGAACUGUCGCGCAAGCUCAUGGAACGCAUGGAAGAGAAGAUGAAGGGCACGCCAGCUGAAAAGGUGCUGCCUGACAUGUUCAGUGGCAAAAUCAAGACGUACAUCUCCUGCGUCAACGUCGACUACGAAUCCAGCCGUAUCGAGGAUUUCUGGGAUAUCCAGCUCAACGUGAGCGGCAACAAGAACCUCAUCGAGAGUUUCCAGGACUACAUCCAAGUCGAGAAGAUGGAUGGCGAGAAUCAGUACUAUGCGGGCGACGAGUUCAAGCUCCAAGACGCCAACAAGGGCGUUAUUUUCACCAGCUUCCCCGAUGUGCUGCACCUGCAGCUGAAAAGAUUCGAGUACGACAUUCAACGAGACAUGAUGAUGAAGAUCAACGAUCGAUACGAAUUCCCGGAGGAGUUUGACGCCGCCCCAUUCCUGAUUGAGGGUGCCGACAAAUCCGAGCCUUGGACUUACCAACUGCACGGCGUGCUGGUGCACAGCGGUGACCUCAACGCCGGACAUUACUACGCCUUCCUGAAGCCCGAGAAGGAUGGGUGGUUCUACAAGUAUGAUGAUGACAAGGUUACGAAAGCGACGAUGCGCGAGGUGCUUGAGGAGAACUUUGGUGGCGAGUAUCGACUUCCCAACGGCUCUUUGCUGCGAGCACCGCUCCAAAAGAAGGCGCCGAUCAUGCGUCAAAACAGUGCGUACAUGCUGGUGUACAUUCGCCAAACACGCCUGGAUAAGAUCCUGCGCCCCGUCACCUCGGACGACAUUCCCACUCAUCUAAAGUCGAGAAUUGAAGAAGAGACUGCCUUGCGGGAAGCCAGGAGGAAGGAGCGCAUGGAAGAGCAUCUCUAUAUUGGUGUUAAGGUCAUCACAAACGAAACUUUCAAGCAGCACGGCGGCACAGAUCUAACCAACUUUGACCCCGAAGUGGAGGAUGCUUCGACGCCCAAGUUUUACCGAGUUCUUCGGACGAUGACUAUGGAGGAGCUCACGGCCACCAUCGCUGAAGACAUGCAGCAGGACCCUCGCAAGAUCCGCUGCUGGGUUAUGGUCAACCGGCAAAACAAGACAAUUCGUCCAGAUCAACCAAUCAUGGACCUCGACCCUACGGUGGAGGAGGUUUUCCAGCGAGCACAGGCGCACAGGGACCAGGCUCUCCGACUCUGGGCUGAAGUCGCGGAAGAAACGGCUCCCGACGGCAAGGCUAUUUGGCCCACCCACGAACCCCAACAGAAUGGCAUUGUCGUCAAGAACGACUUGAUCUUGCUCUUCCUCAAGUACUUCGAUAUCGAGUCGCAGACCCUUCGUGGCGUUGGUCAUGUGUACAUCAGCAAGGAGAAGAAGGUGGAGGAGCUCGUGCCUUUGAUCUUGAAGAAGAUGGGUUGGGGAGAAAAGUUGCCGUCUGACGAGAAAAUCUCUCUAUACGAGGAAAUCAAACCUACCAUGAUCGAAAGUUUGAAGCCGAAGCAGUCGCUGAAGGCGGCUGAGUUGCAAGACGGCGAUGUUUUGUGUUUCCAGCGGAGCGCGGAGCGCAAGAGCGAAAGGAACAUUCUCGAGAAGCGUCUGCACCUCAAUGAGAAGCAGGUGUCUGAAGAAGCCACGCGAAAGUCUGAUCGCGUCGAGGAUGCUCGGGAAUACUACGACUUCUUGCAUCACAAGAAAACUGUCAAGUUCCACGCGCAUCCCACGAAAUGUGACGCGGCGCAGUUCCCGCCUUUCGAGCUGGUUCUUAACUCGAAGAUCAGCUACGAUGUGUUGACGGAACGAGUUGCGGCGCAGUUGGAGUGGGAACCAACACACCUCCGACUCUGGACAGUCAACGUGACUACAGGUAACCCCAAGAGCGCCGUGAAGCGUGGCAGCAACCAGACGCUUCAGUCGAUCUUAAACCCCACCGGAUUCGGCAACCUGAAUGCCAGCCAAAGAACGGAUGCAUUCUAUUUCGAAGUCCUGGACAUCAGCCUUGCGGAGCUGGACACCAAGAAGAACAUUAAGAUCACGUGGCUCACAGAGGGCAUUACGAAAGAGGCAAGUUGCAUCCAGCAGGACCACCUGGACCUCUUGGUUGCCAAGAAUGGCAUCAUUGAGGACCUCAUCCAGGCGCUCAUUAAGAGGGCAGAUCUGACUGACGAAGCCGAGAGCGGUCGAAUUCGGGUGUACGAGGCGAGCCAGCACAAGUUCUACCGGGAGCUCAAGCGCGACUACCCUGUCAUCAGCCUCAACGACUACACCAACCUGUACGCGGAGCGCGUGCCGGAAGAUGAAGUCCACGUGGACGACACAAACACUAUCUCCGUGUUCCACUUCCAGGGCGAACCUAACAGGGCCCAUGGUGUGCCGUUCAAAUUUCUGCUAAUUGAGGGCGAGAAGUUUGCAGAUACGAAGAAGAGGCUAGAGAAGCGUACGGGCUUGAAGGGCAAGAGCUUUGAGAAGAUCAAGAUUGCCCUGAUCAGGAGAACGCACUUCUCUAAACCCCAUUAUCUGGAGGACGACGACGAGCUAUGGUCAAUUGCGAGUGGCGAUGAUGACUAUCUGGGCCUCGAUCACGUCGAUCGGACAAGGGCUCUACGAAACGGCGUUGGAGACCUCUUCCUUCGGUAG